AUGACCGUAGCCAGAGUAGUGUACGUGCCCUCGCGCACGAACUUUGUGAAUCUACCUACACAGCUGGCGAAUACGCUGGCUAAUUCAGACACGCCAGUGCAGAAGAUCGUGGUACAAGUGGACUUUAAGGGAACCCAAAACCAUGUGCGGAGACCUAACUUCGUGGGGUGGUCUGGUAUGGCUUCACGAGACGAUAAAACUCUGGAAAUAGAUCCGACGUUUGCUCAGAAUAUCGGCCUUCCCCACGGUGCCAAUGUGUCUAUUUCUGUUACCACUGUCAAGGAUGGGCAGCUGGCCGAAAGGGUAUUUCUCGAGCCGUUGACACCAGCCGACUGGGAUAUAGUCGAAACCCACGCUGGUCUGCUUGAAGAUGUAAUGAUCAACCAAGUACGAGUUGUUUCGCCGUCGUGUAACAUCACUGUGUAUCCUACUGCCACGGCUAUUGCAGCCCUCAAGGUGACCCACACUAUUCCAGACCUUCCUCAUGCCGCGAGAGAGGUUUUUGUUGCCAUUACAGAAAACACAGAAGUGGUUAUUGCGCCUAAACUAAAGCCGAAAAAUGGAGAUCAGACCGCACCGUCUGGGCAAACAAAACAAAACGGUUCAGCCCCUGCCCAUAAGCCAGAAACCGUCGUGCUUCGUGCCGCCUCAUUUCCUUUCGCCAAUGCACCAGCUACUCGUAAAUUACAGCUCUGUGCAGAUACUAAGCGCUUUGGUGGUGUUUCGCACGUAUCUGUUUCGGUCAUCCAGCCGUCACUCUCGGCAGCUGCUCCUGAGCCCUCCUCACCAAAAGACCCGAGUAUUGUUACCCCUGCGAAAACUGUCUUGGCUGAGUUGGUACAUGCAGACUUUGUAUCCAUGUCUUAUGGUCUUUCUUGUGCUCUUGGGGUUCCAGGUGUGGUUAGUACACUACUACAGAUAUCUUCAGCUCCCACUCUGGACUCGGGCACCUUGACUUUGCAUCCCUACACAACCAGUAGUGCCAUGAACAGCCUCAAGGCAGGCAAAUCUGCAGAUGAGGAAAAAAAAAAUAUUAGCGAAAAGUUAUAUGAAACGCUCGAUCUGUCGUAUGCUGGCAAUGGGCUCGUGGUGCCACCCGUGCCGGAUAUUCUUCCUCAAGGUGGUAUUUUUGAAGCUCCAUUUGAAUAUGGAGAUAUCAAGGGGAUCAAGCUGGGCAGUGAGCAGGUACUCGCUGAGUCCUCCGUGAUGCCACUGCCUGACAGCGUUAUCGUAAAACCUGCACGUGCGGUCGUUGGCAGAGAUUCAUUGCUCACAGAAAUCGAAGAUGCUAUUGUUGGUGGCACAGGAACGUUGGUCUAUGGCUCGCGCGGAUGCGGCAAGUCCUCUGUGGUUGACUAUGUUUGCCGGAAAUUAGAGGAGCAGCUCAUUAGACCACUACGUUUUGACGUGGGUGCUUUAAUGGAAAAGCCUGUACCAACCGUCAAGGAGGCGCUGCGUCGGGUAUUUCUUGAAGCUGCUUGGCAUAGUCCUGCAUUGGUAGUCAUUGACGAUCUUGACAAGCUCAUCCCGGCCGAAUUGGAGCACAGUGAUUCCAGUCGCACCGUGCAGCUGGCUGAGAUCUUCAACGGCUUGGCUCAUGAAAUUCUUUCGUCUCGUCCUGUGACUUUAUUGGCCACCGCACAAGCUAAAGAAGCACUCCAUUCGUCUCUGACAUCUUCCCACGUGUUUGAGGAGCUCAUUCACUUGAGGUCACCGGACAAAACUGUGCGUGAAGCUGUGUUGACUGAGGUCAUGGCGGCACUAGAAAUCACCGGUAACGAUGAGUUUGAUAUUCUAGAUGUUGUUGGAGAAACUGAAGGUUACCAACCCGGAGAUCUUUGGGUUCUUGGCGAGCGGGUUAUUUCAACAUUGGCUAUUGAAAGCAAUGAAAUGACCGUGAGUACCGACAAUUUCAAAGCAGCGGCUUCAGAUUAUACUCCAGCAAGCCUUCGUGGUGUCAAGCUCGAAAAGGGUAAUGCUACCUGGUCUGAAAUUGGUGGUCUUGAAGAAGUCAAGCGUGUCAUUUUGGAGACGCUUGAGUGGCCGACUAAAUAUGCACCUAUUUUUGCCAACUGUCCGUUACGUUUACGGUCAGGUCUUUUACUAUAUGGCUAUCCUGGAUGUGGUAAAACGUUGAUGGCUAGUGCUGUAGCGGCCCAAUGUGGGUUGAAUUUCAUCACCGUAAAAGGACCGGAAAUUCUCAACAAGUACAUUGGUGCAUCCGAACAGUCUGUUCGAGAUCUAUUUGAUCGUGCUCAAGCUGCAAAGCCGUGUGUUUUAUUUUUUGACGAGUUCGAUUCAAUUGCCCCGAAGCGUGGUCACGACUCCACUGGUGUAACAGACCGGGUUGUGAACCAGAUGCUUACACAAAUGGAUGGCGCCGAGGGUUUGGACGGUGUUUAUGUGCUGGCAGCCACGUCACGGCCGGAUCUUAUUGAUUCUGCGUUGUUGCGUCCAGGCAGACUGGAUAAGUCGCUACUGUGCGACAUGCCAAACGCCUCUGACCGAGAGCAGAUCAUGGCUACUGCAAAAGCAAAAAUGUCUCUAGCUCCGGAUGUCGACCUCUCGGCUAUUGCAGCAAGAACCGAAGGGUUUUCUGGUGCUGACUUGCAGGCGUUAAUGUAUAAUGCAUACUUGGACGCCAUUCAUGAGAGACUUGAUACGAAAGGUGAACAGGGUCUAUCUACAGAGAAAACGAAUCAAGAGUUAGAACUAUUUCAGCUCAAUGGUCGGCGUGACGUGGAAACUGUUCGGAGUUUUUUGCUGAACUCCGCAGAUAGUCAGGCGGCUAUUGCACCCCAGACCAGUUCAGUGGCCAAAGCGGGGGACCCUGUGAUCCUAACCACAGAACAUCUUGAGAAGUCACUGCAGCAGACAAAGCCGUCCAUCUCUGCCAAAGAGGUGCUUAAACUUAAGCAUAUUUAUGACCAAUUUGUGUCUGAUAGAGAUGGUGAGAUGCCACCGGGAACUUCUUCUACUGGCGUAGGCGAGCGAGUUACGUUGAGCUGA